AUUCACGAGGAAGCCAUAGCGAAGCUUGUACUAGUUUGGUUGAGCGAGAAACAGAGAGACGGAGUACGAGCUUGUACGCGUCACUGUGACUAUAGAAUGUGGAGAAGAAGAUCCGUCUCCACCAUUACACGCAGACUCUUCUCCUCCACGCCUGAAGUCCCCAACCUCUACUCCUUUCUCCAGCCAUCACUCUUCUCCCUGAAACAAAACCCACCGCAACCGCCGCCGCCACCUUCAAACUCACUGCAAUCCCUAACCCAUCAAAGCAUAUCUACUCUUGAAUCCACCCUCCACAAAUCGCUUCUGACCAACAACACCGAUGAGGCGUGGAAGUCCUUCAAGUCUCUUACCUCCAAUUCCGCUUUUCCUUCUAAGCCCCUCACGAACUCCCUCAUCACUCACCUAUCCUCCCUCCCUGACACCCAUAAUCUCAAGAGGGCAUUUGCCUCUGCUGUUUAUAUAGUUGAGAAGAACCCGGGAUUGCUAGAAUUCGAAACGGCGAAGACCCUUUUGGAGACGAUGAAAUGUGCCAACACUGCUGCGCCUGUCUUUGCCUUGAUCAAGUGCAUGUUCAAGAACAGGUAUUUCAUGCCUUUUGAACUCUGGGGGAAUUCGCUUAUUGAAAUUAGUAGAAAGAAUGGGAAUUUUGUUUCCUAUUUGCGGGUUUUUGAGGAGAAUUGUAGGAUUGCCCUGGAUGAGAAGUUGGAUUUUAUGAGGCCGGAUUUAGCUGCUUGUAAUGCGGCACUAGAAGGGUGUUGUUUCAAUCUAGAAUCCGUGAGGGAUGCAGAGAAGGUUGUGGAAACAAUGUCUGUCUUGGGUGUUAGACCAGAUGAAUCUACUCUUGGGUCUCUUGCUUAUUUAUAUGCACUGAAAGGACUUGAAAAAAAGAUAAUUGAGUUGCAGAGUUUGUUUCGUGGACUUGGUUUUUCUAAUAAAUGGGCUAUUUAUUCUAAUUUGGUCCGUGCCCAUGUUAAGUCUGGUAAUUUGGAGUCUGCUUCUGCUGCAAUUAUUCAGGGCUUGAAGGAAAGUGAUGGAGAACAUUUGAAAUUUGGGGAAGACAUCUAUUGUGAAAUAGUAACUGGAUUUUUGAAGGAUGGAAGUAUAAAGGGUUUGGCAAGUUUGAUCCUUGAAACUCAGAAAUUGGAGCCUUCAACAAUUGAGUUGGAUAAAUCCAUUGGGUUCUCUAUGAUUACUGCUUGUAUCAAUCUCGGAUUAUCGGAUAAGGCCCACAGCAUUCUUGAUGAAAUGAAUGCUCAAAGCGAUUCUGUGGGGCUUGGGGUCUAUGUGCCAAUCUUGAAGGCCUACAGCAAGGAGCAUCGUACGGCUGAAGCUACUCAAUUGGUGAUGGAGAUUAGCAAUUCAGGGCUUCAGAUGGAUGUAGGAACCUAUGAUUCUCUAAUAGAAGCAUCCAUAGUGAGCCAAGACUUUCAGUCAGCUUUUACUUUGUUUAGGGACAUGAGAGAGGCAAGGAUGACUGAUUUGAAAGGCAGUUACCUGACUAUAAUGACAGGCUUGAUGGAGAAUCAUCGGCCUGAGUUAAUGGCAGCUUUUUUAGAUGAAGUUGUUGAGGACCCCCGAAUUGAAGUGAAAACCCAUGAUUGGAAUUCUAUCAUUCAUGCAUUCUGUAAAGCAGGGCGGUUAGAAGAUGCCGGGAGGACUUUGAGAAGGAUGACAUUCCUGCAAUUUGAACCAAAUGACCAAACAUAUUUGUCCUUAAUUAAUGGAUUUGUGACUGCAGAAAAAUAUUUCAGUGUUUUAAUGCUGUGGAAUGAGGUUAGGCGAAGGGUUUCAGCUGAUAGAGAUAAGGGGAUUAAAUUUGAUCACAACUUGGUUGAUGCGUUCCUAUAUGCUCUUGUUAAAGGUGGCUUCUUUGAUGCAGUAAUGCAAGUUGUAGAGAAAUCUCAGGAGAUGAGGAUUUUUGUUGAUAAGUGGAGGUAUAAACAAGCAUUCAUGGAGGUGCAUAAGAAGCUCAAAGUAUCAAAGUUGAGAAAGAGGAGCUUCAAAAAAAUGGAAGCACUUAUUGCUUUUAAGAACUGGGCUGGUCUGAAUACGUGAACGUUGACUUCAGUUGCCUGCUCUUUGUUCCUGUAAUUGAGCUAAGACCUAAGAGCCUCUGGCAAAAAUUCAAGAAUUCUUAGGAAAAGAAACCAACUAAUCUUUCAAAAUUUUAUCUCUGGUUAAAUGCAUGCCAUCUGGACCCAUUUGAGUAAUUGUUCAGUUGUUUGAACAACAGUUUGAUGUCAUGUGAAUAUUCACAAUGAAGCAGAAACAAACAAGUCUUCCUCUUCCUCUGAAUGUGCUUGCGAAAGUUGGAGAAUCGAUGCUGUGAAUGAUCUUGUCCGCGAAUUUUACCAAUAAGAUUUCCUGGCAUAUAUUAAGUUUUUGGCUCACAUUGUUAAAUGAGGGUGAAAUAUAGGAGCUUUGCUAGAACAAAACGUCUAACUGCUUUAUUUGAAUAUUGAUUGGGCACAAGUCAUCAUUCAAGGUUCUGUUGGUUGCUCACAAGAUAGGCAACAGCUGCCGUAAUUGUUCAAUGUGGAAGAGUUUGGCUUUUUGUGUUAAGUUUUCUGGUAUGACAUGAGGGGGCAGGGGAAGAAGCAAUCAGAAUUUACCAGCAGAUUAGAGAUGAAUGAUGGAGAGAAUCAGGCACAAGAUUUAUUUAUGGAGCUGCGGAUCUUUGUUGCUCGCGUGGGAGUUCUCUUGAGCUGUUGAGAUUCUGUGGGAAAGAAAGCAAAGCAAACUUGGGAAAUUAUCAUAGUGGGAUUAUUCUUUGUAAACCACUAGCGGGACUGUAGUAAUAGCAUUUAUCAAAUAAAUGAACGAGAUUCACUGGCUGUUA